CGUCACGUGGGCCGCCUUUUCACGUGACCUCGAUGACGCUCCGUCGCUGAGGAAGAUGGCGGCGGCGGCGGAGGAGGACGACGAGGUGGCGUUUGAUGAUGAUGUGGAGGAGAGUGGAAGUGGCGCAGAGAGUGGACAUGGCAGAAGAAAAAGAUUAUUUUCUAAAGAAUUGAGAUGUAUGAUGUACGGCUUUGGGGAUGAUCAGAAUCCUUAUACUGAAUCGGUGGACAUCCUGGAGGAUCUUGUCAUAGAAUUUAUCACUGAAAUGACGCACAAGGCCAUGUCGAUAGGACGUCAGGGACGAGUCCAAGUAGAAGAUAUUGUCUUUCUCAUUCGUAAAGAUCCUCGGAAGUUUGCAAGAGUGAAAGACCUGCUGACAAUGAAUGAAGAAUUGAAACGUGCCAGGAAAGCUUUUGAUGAAGCUAAUUAUGGCUCUUAGGUCCACACAGAGGAGCAAAUAGUAUUGCACUUUAGACUAUCUCUGAAACAUGUACCUGAAGCACAAUGUUUCAUCUCAAGAUCGUACUUCAAAUAUCACAAGGUGCCGCAGGGAACUUCAACGUCUACAGCACAGCAGAGAGUCUGAAGAUGGGCCCGACCCGAAACGUCGCCUAUCCUUGUUCUCCACAGGUGCUGCCUGAACUGCUGAGUUACUCCAGCAUCUUGUCUCUUUUUUUGCAGAUUAAUUUCCUUUUUUGUAAUCACAAUGUUAUUGGCUGAGGAAUUGAAUGGAGCAAUCCUUGUAGCUUGGCAUUUAUGUACCUAUCAGGAAACAGUAUAUUAGACAUCGACUGUAAGUUGGUCUGGUCUGGAGCAGUAACUGUUAUGGAAAUCUAAUGCCUUGGCCUUAAUGAAAAACAAAUAGUGUAAUGGAAUUUGAGUGCAAGAAAUAAUUGGACCAGAAAUAAUUCCAUACCCAAUUUAAAGGUAUACAUUCUGUCCAUAAUAAUUUAUAAUAGGACUCUAUUUAUGUAUUUUGGAAUAGAAAGUGACAUUUAACCUUGUGUUGUGAUUGUAACUCCUGCAAGUGAUGCCACAGCACCAUCGCUGAGAUAACGUAUAAAGAGAUUUUGACAGGUUUGCGUUAACGUUUUUAAAAAUAAAUGUGGAUGUUUUCAUGUGUGAUCCUGACAGGAAGUAUGCAUAGGUAAUAGUUGCAGAAAGGCACAAAGCAAAAUAUCACAAGGCAUUUCUUGCGAGGCAUUUCUCCCUGUGACCACAUAGGUUUCCUCCUGAUACUCCGGUUUCCUUCCAUAUCCCAAAAACUUGUGGGUCUGUAGGUUAAUUGGCCUCUAAAUUGCCCCCAGUAUGUAGGGAGUGUAAAGUGGGAUAACAUAGAACUAUUGAGAACGGGUGAUCGAUGUUUAGUGUGGACUCGGUGGGCUGAAGGGCCUGUUUCCAUGCAGUAUCUCUAAACUGAAUCAUGGAGAUUUGUUUUGGAGUGGAUUUGCUUUUUUUUUUAGUAGCUACUUACCUUUUAUAUGGUCCUCGACAUUUUGGGAAAAGUGUUUUGUUUGAAUUUUGGAGCCUUUCCAAAAAAUUCAUAUUGUCGAACCAAUGGGUAAUUGAUGAAAUAAAAACGUACAAGAUAUUGUGCACAUUCAAGUUUA